CUUUCAUAAUAAAAAAAGAAACAGAAAAAAGAUUGGAAAAUCGAAACGAUAGAUUACGCUUCACUCAAUCAGGCGCUAACUCCCGGAGGAAGAAAAUAAAAUCCACCGCCACUCGCUCACUUCCAAGUCCCAUCUCGCUGAUUGAACCACUUCCCCUCCUCUUUCAAACCAAAAUGGCGUCCAAGCUCGGCGCUUCCUCACGCUCAACCCCACUCUUCGCCCAUUUCCGUAAAACUCUGAAACCCCCGUUUUCCCCCCUUGAGCAGUCCUUAUUCUCCGAUAAAUCAAUAACAAGGAUCAUCGGAAGCUCCAGAAUUAGGGCCUCUAAUGAUGGGAGCUCGUACCUGGACAUGUGGAUGAAUGCCGCCGAUAGCGACAGGAAGACCGUUGAGUUCCAAAAAAUUACUGAAAGAGUGGCUGGAGUCGACAAUGCCAAUGAUGCUAAUGGUGAUGGUGAUUGGAGAGUGAAUUUGGAGAAGAAAAGCGAAAACUUUAAGAAGAUUUUGGAUGUUUCCAAGGAUGAAAGGGACCGGAUUCAGCGAAUGCAAGUCAUUGAUCGUGCUGCGGCAGCAAUCGCGGCGGCUCGUGCCAUUCUGAAGGAGAAGCCGUCUGGAAACGAUGAGGCAAAUGACGGAGAAAAUAGCAAUUCCUCCGGUGGAAGUGGAGGCGGAGAAGCGGAAGAUAAUCAAGGAGCUGCAAAUAAGGGAAGCAUUUUUGCCUCUCGAUCUGAGAAUUCUGGAAAUGGAGUACCUGGGCCGGAUUUUUGGUCAUGGGCACCUCCUCCUGAUGCUGAGAAGAGUCAAUAUGAUGCUGACUUGUUGGCAGCUAAAAGAUCUUUGAUAUCUCCCAUUCUGGCGAGCCCUGUAGCAAUGAAAGAGCGAUGUUUGGAUUUUCUCAAUAUUCCACUUGAGAGUAAACUUUCAGAGAGUAGCUCCAAUCCCCCUAUUCCUCCUUUGCAGUCACUGAUGGAGGUUAAAAAAGAUGAGGUCUCCAUACCUGGUCCGGAUAUCCCUUCUCUAAAAGAGGAAGAACGCGAACUUAAUCUUUUGUUUCAUGCACAUGAACUAGAAGUUGCUCAUGUCCUUGAUGAAGUGGAUGAAGAAUUUUCUGGAGUGGAUCCAAAUGGAUCGAGGUGGUGGAAGGAGACAGGAAUUGAGCAAAGACCUGAUGGUGUUAUUUGUAGGUGGACGAUGACCAGGGGUACUAGUGCUAACCAAGAUGUUGAGUGGCAAGAAAAGUUUUGGGAAGCUUCAGAUGAGUUUGGUUAUAAGGAACUUGGUUCCGAGAAAUCAGGACGAGAUGCUACUGGAAAUGUCUGGCGUGAGUUUUGGAGAGAAUCAAUGUGGCAGGAAUCUGGCCUUCUGCAUCUUGAGAAAACUGCAGACAAGUGGGGGAAGAAUGGAAGAGGUGAUGAGUGGAAAGAGGAGUGGUGGGAACAUUAUGAUGCCUCUAACCAAGCUGAGAAAUGGGCACAUAAGUGGUGCACUGUUGACCCAACUACUCAGCUUGAGGUUGGGCAUGCUCAUGUGUGGCAUGAAAGGUGGGGUGAGAAGUAUGAUGGACAUGGUGGCACCAUGAAAUACACAGACAAAUGGGCUGAGAGAUGUGAGGAUGAUGGCUGGACAAAGUGGGGUGAUAAAUGGGAUGAACAUUUUGAUCCAAAUGGUCGUGGCGUCAAGCAAGGGGAGACGUGGUGGGAGGGCCAGUAUGGAGAACGCUGGAAUCGCACUUGGGGUGAGCGCCAUAAUGGCUCUGGAUGGAUUCACAAGUAUGGCAAGAGCAGCAGCGGGGAGCAUUGGGACACACAUGUGGAGCAGGAGACUUGGUAUGAGAGAUUCCCACAUUUCGGUUUCUUUCACUGCUUUGAUAACUCCGUUCAGCUCCGGGAAGUUCCGAAGCCGUCUGACCGACAAGAAGUUCCGAAGCCGUCUGACCGACAAGAAGUUCUGGAGCCGUCUGACCGACAAGAAGUUCUGGAGCCGUCUGACGUAAAUUCAGCAUAAAAUUUGAGUUUUCUAUAUGAUCUAUCAUCCAUUACUUUUCUGCCGUAAUUAGUUUAUAGUUCCUCCAGUAUGAACUAGAACACAAGUCGCAGAAACCUUUUUCAUGAACUGCAUCAUAUUUGCUUUUUUCAUCUUAGUGCAAUCUAGCAUUACGCUGUUUCCUUGAAA